AUGUCAUCUUCAAAGAUACCUUGCACGCUGGUGUGGUUACGCCGAGAUUUAAGAUUAAUUGAUAAUCCUGCAUUAUUUCAUGCUGCAAAACGUGGUCAACUUAUUACUGUUUACAUUUUCGAUGAAGAUUGCUCUGGCAAAAGGAGAACAGGCCAAGCUUGUUUAUGGUGGCUGUAUCAUAGCUUGAAAUCAUUGCGUAAUCAACUAAGCCAAUGGAAUAUUCCUCUCAUUGUGAAAAGCGGUAAAGAUGCAUUUACUAUUUUAAAAAAGUUGCUCGAUAGGUAUAACGCUGAUGCAAUUUAUUGGAAUCGUUGUUAUGAACCAUUUGAAUAUAAUCGAGAUUACUCGAUUGAAAAAAGAUUUGUGGCAAGAAAGAUCAAAGUUGAAACCUACCAAGAUAGGGUACUGUAUGAACCAUGGAAGGUCAAGAACGGUAAAGGACAACCAUUUCAGCUGUUUCCAUGCUACUGGAAUCAGUGUUUGUCUUUACCACAGCCUCGGAAGCCUUACGAUAAACCAAAAUUUACUGUUCAUAACCAAGGCUGUGUGGAAUAUAAGUAUGACGAUGCUGGUGUAUGGCAAUUAUUGGCUUCAAUAGCAGAUAAUGAUACGAGUACAAGGCUACAAGAUUUCUGGCAUCCAGGCGAGGAGGGAGCAAUUCAAAAACUAAAACGCUUUAUGAAGAAUUCUUUAAAGGUUUAUUCAGAAAAAAGAGAUUGCAUUUGGUUAGAUGCAACCUCCAAUCUAUCACCUUACUUACAUUUCGGUGAGAUUAGUCCUUUUACCAUUUGGCAUACAGCUUGUUUUAUGCGCCAUUCAACUACGAGAUCAAUAUCCGUUCCAUUGCAUUGUACAAAGCGAUACCUUACCGAACUAGGAUGGAGGGAAUUCACAUGUCAUUUACUAUUUCAUUACCCAGAUUUACCUGAAAAAAGUUUUAAAUCCAAUUUUCAUCAGUUAAAGCUAGAAAUUGAUGAGGAGAAAUUGCAUGCAUGGCAAAAUGGUAGCACCGGUUAUCCAAUUGUCGACGCAGGCAUGAGACAACUCUCGCAAGCUGGUUUUAUGCCUAAUCGCGUCAGGAUGAUUGUGGCUUCAUUUUUAAUUAUGCAUUUGUUAAUCCCAUGGCAGAAAGGAGAAGAAUGGUUUUGGAAUAGAUUGGUGGAUGCCGACUUAGCUCAAAGUGUAUGCAAUUGGCAAUGGAUAGCUGGUUGUGGACCUGAUGUAGCACCUUAUUUUCGUAUGUUCAACCCUGUAAUCCAAGGCGAAAAAUUUGAUGCUGAAGGAUACUAUGUACGAAAAUGGAUACCUGAAAUUGCUAAAUUACCUAAUUCUUAUGUUCAAAAACCGUGGGAAGCGCCUCCAACAAUGUUAAAAAUAGCAAAUAUAACGUUAGGAAAGACCUAUCCUCGACCAAUAGUAGAACAUAAAGUAGCUCGUGAACUAGCAUUGGCUACGUAUUCACAAUUAAAGCGUAAGCGGGAACCACCGAGCAACAAGAAUAAGAAGCGUAAACGAGCUAAGAAAGAAAAGUUAAAAGACUAA